CGCUCCCCCGCUCCCGGGGGCCUUGACGGGCGGAGCAGCGAGGGGGAGGGGAGUGGACCCCCCGGAGCCCGCGGGCAGGGCCGCCACCCGUGCGGAGCCUCGAGCCCGGGCGUGCUCCGGGCCUAGCCUGCGGGCCGCCGCCGCCCGGGAGACGAGGGAGGGGGCCGGAAGCGAGGUUCAAGGUCCGGCGGCCGGAGCAGAACCCAUCUCAGGAAUUAGUACCACAAAGACAACUUGAUGCAACCUCUUCAGAUUGCCCCCUGUCGAUUACUUUAUGGGCUGUAUCGUGGAUUGAAGUCUCCAGCCUCCACUGGAACCCGGAUUUGCCCAACAAUGGCUCGACCAAGUUCAAAUAUGGCUGAUUUUCGGAAGCUUUUUGCAAAAGCGAAGCACAUAGUCAUCAUUUCAGGGGCUGGCGUUAGUGCUGAGAGCGGAGUCCCAACUUUCAGAGGAGCUGGGGGCUACUGGAGAAAAUGGCAAGCUCAGGACCUGGCCACCCCUCAGGCCUUUGCACGAAACCCUUCCCUGGUGUGGGAGUUCUACCAUUAUCGGCGGGAGGUCAUGCUCAGCAAGGAGCCAAACCCCGGGCACCUUGCCAUUGCUGAAUGUGAGGCCCGGCUGCGCGAGCAGGGCCGACGGGUCAUGGUCAUCACUCAAAACAUCGAUGAGCUGCAUCGCAGGGCUGGCACCAAGAACCUUCUGGAAAUCCAUGGGAGCUUAUUUAAAACGCGAUGUACCUCUUGUGGAAUUGUGGCUGAGAAUUACAAGAGUCCAAUUUGUCCAGCUUUAUCAGGAAAAGGUGCUCCAGACCCUGAAGCUCAAGAUGCCAGAAUCCCAGUGGAAAAACUUCCCCGGUGUGAAGAGGCAGGGUGUGGGGGCCUGCUGAGACCUCACGUCGUGUGGUUUGGAGAAAACCUGGAUCCUGCCAUUCUGGAGGAGGUUGACAAAGAGCUGACCCUCUGUGACUUAUGUCUAGUGGUGGGAACUUCCUCUGUGGUUUAUCCUGCUGCCAUGUUUGCACCCCAGGUGUCUGCCCGGGGAGUGCCAGUGGCCGAAUUCAACAUGGAAACCACCCCAGCCACCAACAGAUUCAGGUUUCAUUUCCAGGGGCCAUGUGGUACCACUCUUCCUGAAGCCCUGGCUCCUCAUGAAACUGGCAAUGUUUCUUAGUUGUCCUGGGGAAAGAAGAAAUUGUAGUAUGUCUAAGUACUUGGGCCACACACAGAGGAGAACUGAUCGUGGGGACCGUGAGCUAAAUACUGGAAAAUCUAGAAAUACCAUCAGAUUCCCUGGCUGGAAUCCCCCCUGAUGCUAAGUAAAGCAACAAUAGCAAACACUCUUAGGAGAAGUUAGAGAACAGCCAGGUUAAUGCAUGUUCUUUCAUGUGAACUUAAACCUAAGCUCUCUCCUAUGUGUUUGGUUGGCUAUUGGAAACAUUUUGUGAUUAGAUUAUCUUUUGAAAAAACUAAUUAUCCUGAUUGUGUUGUUUCGAUCUGGACGCAGAAGUAUAGGGGUAAAACCUUGGUAUUUCGGAUUUUUGCCAAGUUGUGGUGGAAAAUAAAAUCACUCUCUAUAGUAGGGCAUUUAUUGUUUAAAGAUCUGACCCCCGCCCAAGAGA